AUGUCAAAAAGAGGCAGAAGAGGUAGACGAGGUGGAAUGAGUAGACAAGAUGGAGAACGCACAUCUGCAACAAACGUGGUUAUAGAGCGAUCUCAAACAACUGAGCAACAAUCUGACCCAAUUUAUGAGACCGAACAAGAACAUGGUACCGAACAAGAACAUGAUACUGAUACUAAAAGCGCAAAACGUGAAUUGACAUGUGGCAAUGGUGCACGAAAGACAAUGAAAGCAGCCAAGAAGAGAUUGAUAGUAAGAUUCAAUUUUAAAACAAUGCAAGUAGUAUGUGACAAUGCCUCAGCUUUCAUGUACGAGUGUGGCUCCAUUUUGCAUAGUAAUUGUAUCUUGCAGUACAAAGAAUGGAGACAUGUACCAGAAGAAGCUCGGUUGCCGUUACGCCACAGGCUAACUACACUUUUUGAAAUUGAUGUGGAGGAUGCGAACGUUCGCAAAGUUAUUGACAACCACAUGGCAAGGGCUUGGAGAAACUACAGAUCUCAGUUGCAUGAUUACUUUAAAGGGAUAGGAGGACCAGUAGAUCCAACAAAGGCAAAGACUACAGCCCCCUCCAAAUAUGGGUAG